CGAACAUCCUUGAGUUCGCUACUUUGCAAUAUGCCUGGUAAAAUUUGUUCAAAUGUUGUCUAUACAAAUUGUAUGAUAAGUGAUGGAAUGUAUGUUUCAACACAUAAAGGUAAUUGCUGGUGAAAAUACGAUUUAUAUUGUUCAAAUGUGCAUCAAUUUAUACAAUGAUAAUUUGAUCACGUGACGUUCAGAGUUUGUCAGCUCCGCCAUUUUGUAGUUCGUCUGUGUGGAACACGAGGCUUUACAUAACAAAAUGUUGGACAUUUGUUAUUGUCCUGCAUUCAGGAAUAAUCGUGUAUUACAUCAGAGGCAUGGGAAUCAUUAGCAUAUGCCAUACAUUAAUCAUGGAGGUCUCAACACUAAUUUAAAGUAGUCCCUAAGUGGAAUGCACUGGGAGCUGGGAGACUAACUAUGGCUGCCGAACAGCUCAACCAUUUGUCCUUCACUAGUGGUAUCACAAGCGAAUUAGACAGUGAUAUGACAGAUGACUUAGAGAGUGAUCUCAUAGAUGACUUAGAUAGUCCAUCUAAUCUCAUUGGUAGUCUGAAUACUAUUACACAUCUUGGUUUGACAGAUACGCAUAGUGAUCUAAAUACACCCAUAGAUCCUGGUUUGACAGAUACGCAUAGUGAUCUAAAUACACCCACAGAUCUUGGUUUGACAGAUACGCAUAGUGAUCUAAAUACACCCAUAGAUCCUGGUUUGACAGAUACGCAUAGUGAUCUAAAUACACCCACAGAUCCUGGUUUGACAGAAACACAUAGCGAUCUAAAUACAUCCACAGAUCCUGGUUUGACAGAUUCACAUAGUGAUCUAAAUACACCCACAGAUCCUGGUUUGACAGAUUCACAUAGUGAUCUAAAUACACCCACAGAUCCUGCUUUAAAUGUCGACAACAACUCCUGGGUUGAUAAUGCAGAGAGUGAUCAUGAUGGAUUUCAACUUAUAAAUUCUAAUCCUGAUACUGCUUCCACUGUUGCUGAACAAAUACAUAACCCUCUUGGUUCAGUUAACAGUCUCCCAUCUAGUCAUAAACAUUUGGAUGUAACAUCAUCCAUUCAUAAAAGUGUCAAAGAAGUAAAUCAUGUGAAACAAACUGAAAACUCAAUCAACAGCCAUAACAAGCUUAAUGUAUGUAACAAUGUUAAUGUAUCAACACCAGGCGCAAGCUGUAGCAAUGUUAAUCAACUCACAUCGGAGGAUGAUGAUUCACAAGACAAUUAUUUGUUUUAUUGCCACAAUUCAAGUGAACAGGAUGACACUGGAGAUGAUGCUGAAAACAAGGAUCAGGCAAACAAUGAUCAUCAGGAAAAUAAUGUGAUAAACAACGAUGUGGCAAUCAGUGAUAAAACAUACAAUGAUGAUCAUGUCACUUCGUCUGUGCUGGGUGAGAGGUACACAGCUGUCAUCCCUACUGGAUCUAGUUUAAAGUUUAAGUUUACAAAGGUUAAAGUAGACCAGAAUAAAGACAUUCGCAAAGUCACAAGUUUGUGUAAUGAACUUGAAAUAAGUGAAUCAGGGCAGAAUAUAGAUGGCUCUGGAAAGAGUACAUUUGGAAACACUAAUGCAAUCAGUCAUAAAAAUGACAGUAAUGAACAAUAUGAAACACUUUUUGAAUCAUGUGGAAAUGAACUUGGACUAACUAGGUCUGGUGAAAUAGGUUCAAGUGAAGAAGUUGAUCCAAGUGUAAAUGUACCAAGUGACAUUACUCACAUUGUAAAUAGUUCACAAAAAGAUGAAAUUGAAGAUAGAAGUAAUGUUGAUAGCAAAAAAGAUGAAGAGACAAAUGAUUCAAUGGCAUUUAAAUUCUCAAAAGGGCACACACACGGAAAUGUUCACAAAGAUUUGAAAGACAAUUCCAAACUGAGUUAUAAAAUAGAGAAACUUCCUCCACGAUCUAAUCGGGGUAUAAACCCAUUUCGAACUAUAAUAAGUUCACAGGAGAGACGUCCAAGAAAAACCAGAUCAAAAUCAGAUGACACAGCUACUAAAUUGGAUGUUAAAUCAAGUAGUCCCCUCACAAUUGCCCAAACUAGUGUUAGUGAUAAAUGUAACACAGAGACAGCCAUAGUUCAAUCCAGUCUGCCCAAAAGAUUAAACAGGGGCAUGAAUAAAUUCCGACCACAUUUACGGGAUAUAUUCAGGAAAAAGAAAUCACGUUUGAAAUCAGAUAACAUGAAAAUGACUGAAAAAACUAAGAAAUCAUCAAUUUCAAUAGGUGGUAUUGCAUCAAAAUAUGAUUCCAAAUGCCAAGCAAAGUCAAUCCUACCUCCUCGAGCUAAUAGAGGAAUAAACAAGUCACGAGAAGCUGAUAUAAAAGGUCACACAAAUGUCUUAAAAAAUAAAAAAGCUCGUAGGAAAAAACUGCACACUAUAUUGAAGAAGAACUCCCGUCAAGCCAAAGCUGAUGAUCUCGAUGUUAUAACUCCAUCAGACAGUCCAGUUCAGGCUCUUGCAAGCCAUCACUUGGAUGAAGUCCUAGAUGAAGUCGCAUUUAACAUCAGUAAUCAACCAAGCAAAAAGGAAGACAAGAGGAAGAGCAGCAUAGAGAAUCAGUCAGAGAGUGACACUGACACAGACAGUGCAGAUGAAUUCCUGUCUCAAGAGAGUACAGACUCAGAUACUGAAUCAUUUGAAUUUACGGAGGAGUUUGCUAUAUCAAAAAGGUUGAUUUUCACUAUAUUCAACACCAAGGAGAAUAGUGCAUCACGUUACAAGCAUCUUUACAAUAUCUACAAGAAACACAGCGAUUCUGUACUGUUGAGUUCUGCUAACUUCUUCAAAGCUCUCAAACUACUCUUCCCCAGCAUGAAGGUCACCAAGGAGUAUAAAACUGAGUUCACAUUCCACAUUGUUUGCAUAGGAGUGACACCAAUGUUGGAGGAGGACAGAGGUACUCCCAUACCACUACCAGGAAUAUUUCUUCAUAAGAUAUUUGAGGCAGAUCCCUGUGCAAGGACACCAUCCAGUUCUGUCCACUUUGCAUACAGCCAGUUCUGCUACUACCACAACUUCUGCUACAAACACUCAACAUACCUGAGAGCGCACUUCAAACGUACAUUGUACAGAGAGUUCAAAGACUGCAGCCUGCAGAGGUUCAAGGAUCUGAAUGCUGGAGUUACUGAGAAACCAUCUAGUUGGAGUUAUAAAUUUUGUGGUAUACGUCUUAAGGUGAAUAAUCCCAAAGUCACUGGGGAUGAGGAAGGAUGUAAGGAUGAUGUCAACCGGGACGUCAAUAAAGAUGAUGUCAAUAAGGGUGAUGUCAACAUGGAUAAUGUCAGUAAGGAUGACAUCAACCUGGAUGAUGUCAAUAAGGUUGAUGUCAACAUUGAUAAUAUCAGUAAGGAUGGUGUCAACCAGCAUGAUGUGAAUAUGGAUAAUGUCAGUAAGGAUGAUGUCAACCAGGAUGAUGUCAAUAAGGGUGAUGUCAAUGUGGAUAAUAUCAGUAAGAAUGAUGUCAGUAAGGGUGAUGUCAAAGUGGAUAAUGUUAGCAAAGAUGAUGUCAACAGGAGCGAUAUCAUUAGUAAUGAAGGUAUAAACAAACUCUGGGAACAAGAGUUUAGUCAAUCUAAGUGUGACACAAGUGCAACAGAUAUAGAAGAUAUUGAAGCUGAUGCACCUCUUGUGUUUGAACACAAUAAACCUAUCAUUCUGGCAGAAGGUACUGUGGCCAAUCAUGAAUCAGGAACUGACAAUACAACUAUGACCAAUGAGUCAGUGGUGAGAAGCGAGGAAACCGCAUCUCCACCACUCUGGCCAGUGGAUGAAGAUGGUCAGGAACAUUCCAACCAAUCAGAUUAUGUUAUUCUCAUGGAUGAAGGAGGUCAAGGUCGUUCAAUGACACUUGGAGAUAAAGAAGAUAAUCCUAAACAUCUGAAGAACAAGGAGCAAUUAGACUAUAAGAAUCUGAAUGAAGUUUUACAAGAACCACAAAAAGAUAAUUUUUGGAAUUCAUCUAAUCCUAGAGCUGCCUCAGUUCUUCCAACUCCAGUUAAACCACCUAAGGUUACAAAGAACAGUUCAAAAACAGAAUAUGAGAGACCAGGAAUAUAUUACCUUAAAGAUCAGGAAUUGAAAACACCCUUUUUAGAGAGAAUUAUUGUAAAGGACCUCAAUGAAAUUCAAGAAUUGGAAUAUGUAGGCCCAGGAGACAUAUUUGAUAUUGUCUUUGUAUAUCACUAUACGGAAAAUGAAGAAAUUGAAAAGGUCACUAUUGAGGAUAAAAAAUCUAGGAAAAUGUGCCUCAGUAAUAAUACCGGUUUGAUUUUAUACUCAGUCGAGCAGUCAGAGAAGAAAGUAGUGCGCGCUUACACCAUUGAUCACCAAACGGACAACUCCUCGGGCAUCUCCAAGGGUGAAAAUGACCAAAAUACAUUAGUCAUUGAUUUUAGGAGAAAACGUGUGAAACCAGGAAAGGUGACUUUCAUUAAGAAAAUCAACAGCAGACCAAUCGUGUGGUAUGGACUUGACCAUUAUGAGUUCCUCAUCCCACGUGCAACAUGCCUACCUAAGGAUACACAAAUAACUACAGAAAAGUCCAGUUCUACUAAAUCUAUCCCUGAAAUUAGGAAGUCAAAAGCUUCAAAAAAUACUCAAGUUUGGCAAAAAGGCAUGCCAGUCAGGUUCACGCAAGAUGAAUUGAUAAACAUUGUAGUUAGUGACAUUGCCAGUGUUGAGAAGCUCACACAUGUUGGGGACAAAAGUUUCUCUGUCGAAAACAUCAAGUUUAAGUUCCACAAGUUUCCUAGUGGGGCUGUGUAUCAGAUCUCACUCGUAGACAAAAUAACUCAAAAGAUGUGCCUGCAAAAUAAACAUGGACAGUUCAUCUAUUAUGAUGUAUUUGAUGAACGUAGAGAAGUUAUGAGAAAGGCCAUAAAACUAAAACCAAUGCAAGAACUUUUACCCUUGAAACAUCCAACAAAUGCCACGGUGCAUUCAUCUGAUGUCCCAGAAUCCCUUCAUAUCUCUCUUAACUCAGAGAGCACCAGUUCUAUAGGGGCAAUAGAGACAGCGCUAAAUCAGACAAGUAAAAGUAAUCCAACAUCAGAAUCAGCCAACUCUAAACUAACAAGUUCCUCACCAAGGAAUGUGUUAACAUUAGAGGAUCAAACUGCAGAAUCUAUUUUGGGGACAUCAGCUAACAAUGCACAAAGGGACACUGAUCAAGAUACAAUCAACCCAAAUGAGGACAUGUCAAUGAUAAACACACAAGAUGACUGUUCUGAGAACUUGACAAAUAAGUUAGGGGACUUAUCAAUAUUAAACAAUCAGUCAGUCAGUCAGAACCUGUCUUCUUCUGAGGAUCCACCAGUGUUGGACAUACAGGAUGAAAGCUCCAUUGACCUGUCUGAAGGAAGUAAGGCUAAAGACCCGUCAACACUAGAGAUGCCUGAAGUACAAAUUGGUACUGCAUGUGCUCUGGAACUUGAUGCAGAUACUGGCAACUUCUUUAUGAUGAUGGACGGAGAAAAGGUUUUUAUUAGCACUGGAGAUGAUACUGCAACAAGCAAAGAUACCAAUGGUGACAGAAAUGAUGACAAGAACAAUGCUGACAAUGACAAAUGUGACAUAAAUAGUGACAAUGAUGAUACACAAAGAGUAGAAUUAGAUGAAAACAAUGGCACCAUGUCUAUGCUUGUUAAUGGAGAAAAGGUUUACAUAAACAACUUGGAAGCUGAUGGCAGUGACAAUGUGACAUCAGAAGAGAUUGUGACUCUAGAUGAUGAUAAUGAGACACAUGGCAUGACAAAUAUGACAUCAAAUGAUCAUCUGACACCAGAUAAUCUGACACCUGACAUGAACAAUGUCCAGCUGAUAGAAUCUUCUAAAGAUGUGAGAGGAUCACAAGCGGAUGAUGAUGCUGUAUUUGGUAGAGAUGUGGUGUUUGAUAGCAACCAUCUCCAUGGUGACCAAAAUAAUGAUGUACCUGAGGCAUCGCUUGUAGAACUCCAACAUGGCAAUGCUGAUGUGUGUGCUAGUGAGUUUACUAUUGUUGAUGAGUCUGGUGAUGAAGAUGAGGAGGAGUGCCAUCUAGUGGGGCCCGAGGAAGAUGACAUCACUGAGGUACCAGAUGAUGACAUCAUCCCUUUAAACAAUGCGUUUGAUAGAAUCUUGUGUGUUAUUUGUGGAGAGGAUGCUACUAUAGGUUUCCACUAUGGAGCUGAUACUUGCUCUUCAUGCGCACACUUCUUUAGGAAGCAUGUCAAUAAUGGGCUGGACACCUACCGAUGUGACACAAAGUGUUGCCUCAUUACUUGUAUUGAAAAAACUGCAAACUGCAAACACUGUAGGCUGAAAAAAUGUUUAGAAGUAGGCAUGUCACUUCAGACGAAUAAUGAUAAUGCAGAGACUGAAGAUGUUGAAGUUGAAGAUGAAGAUGUAGGUGUAGGUGUCAGUUUUCAGUCAGAUUAUGAUGAUCCAGUUGGUCAUGAUCAUGGAUUUUACGCAACAACAGACGCGACCAUUUCGGAUGAGACAGUGACAUGCAAGAUAUCUGAAAGAGGAGUCUUCAACUGUUCUUUUCAAUGUGGUACAUGUAAUUAUCACUGUAUGCAACUUGAUCAAUUUAAAAAACAUUUUCAAUCAAAUCAGCUACAUACUUACCAAUGUCGAAGACACGGAGGUAAGAGUUUUGAGACAUUUGUGGAGUUUGCUAGACAUACGCUAACCAAUCACGCUGUAGGUGCCUUCCAUUGUACCCUUUGUCAUGUCAGAUGCUUAACUGCUGGCACACUAACUACUCAUUUAAAAACAAACCAUACACAAAUUAAAGAAUUCACAUGUUCCUUUUGCCCACAGGUGUUUAUUGAUAGAAAGUUGUUGUCCGAACAUAUCCAGUUGCAUAUUGAUAUUAAUCACAACUCAGUAGGCACUGGUACAUACAUGUGUCAAAUUUGUUAUCACACCUGUAAAUCUGAAACAUCAUUCGAAGAACAUACUGAAACAAAUCAUUCUAAUGUCCGAAUGAGGUGUCGUGAUUGUGGCAAAGCUAUGAGAACGCUAUUAGGUUAUGCACGUCAUAUCAGGAAAUACACUGUUGGCUAUUAUAAGUGCACUAGAUCAAGGUGCCACUUUGUAAAUCAGUCUAAGCAGAAGGUAAUUCAACAUGCUAAACAACAUAAGAAGUCAGAGUUUGAGAUCAUAUGUUUAGAAUACAAAGAUUUACAAGGGCAUUGUAGAGGUUGGACUCAAAAAGACAACCUGAUGGGAUCAGCUCUUCAUGCCAUCAAGGCAAGACGUGAAUCUAAGACCACAAGUGUUAAGAAGGGAAGAAGCAGAAUAGAAAAUGUAGCUGGUGCAGCAAAUCUUUACCAAAUUAUAUCUCCAUCUGUUCCCUCAACUGUAGUAACAAAUAAAGGUAUUAGUUCUCUUGUAUUGCAAUCUCCAACCUCUAGUGCUACAGGUGCAUAUUGCGUAAUGACAGCCACCCAACCUGCUGAGUCGAGCCCAUCAUUCAAAGUGGUAAAGGUAACACCUUUUAGUGUUAACAAUACGGGAUCAUUAACAUCUUCGAAUGUUUACAAUGCAGUUAUAGGAACACCUGCAAGUGUUUACAAUACAGGAUCAGGAACACCUGCAAAUGUUUACAAUACAGUUAUAGGAACACCUGCAAGUGUUUACAAUACAGGAUCAGGAACACUUACAAGUGUUUCCAAUACAGUUAUAGGAACAGCUGCAAGUGUUUACAAUACAGGAUCAGGAACACCUGCAAGUGUUUACAGUACAGGAUCAGGAACACUUACAAGUGUUUCCAAUACAGUUAUAGGAACAUCUGCAAGUGUUUACAAUACAGGAUCAGGAACACCUGCAAGUGUUUACAGUACAGGAUCAGGAACACUUACAAGUGUUUCCAAUACAGUUAUAGGAACAUCUGCAAGUGUUUACAAUACAGGAUCAGGAACACCUGCAAGUGUUUACAGUACAGGAUCAGGAAUACCUACAAGUUUAAAUAAUGUAGAAAUGACCAUCAGUGUUAACAAUGUGGGAAAACUCACAAGUGCUCUCACCACAAUUGUACAACGAGGUUAUAAAGCACCAAAAACAAUUACCAGUACUGCUCCAAGUACCAAAACAUCCAUAAGACCUGUUACACCUCCUUCAGCAAACACAAGUGACAUAUCGCCAAAGAUAAGAAGACCUGUUAAUAGAUGGUUGGAAGAUCAAACAUCUAACUUCGGCUACCCUAGCAAUUCUCAAACACGGGAUUCCUCCAGUGCUAAAUCUCCUUUGUCAGCUGAAGUUGAAAAACAGGCUGCACUAGAGCUCAACCGAAGCGUGUGUGAUUCUGCACACUUAGUUUGCACCCCGUGCGGAGUGGAAUUAAACAACAGGGUUAUGUUCUAUGUUCACAAGAAACAAUGCAAAGUUGAGGAUGGCAUUAAAGGGAAAGUGAUUAUGUACCAGUGUCACACAUGUGGAUACCUUAUACGUAAUGUCACACUUCUGAAGAUUCACCUGAAUACAUGUAAAGUCAAGUCAAAUAUUUCUGAACCACAUAACAUUCCAGAAGAUAUUGUGGAAAACCCAUCAGAAGGAGUCCAGUUUGUAUAUUCCUGUCCAAUUUGUCCAUACCACAUGUAUACAAAACGACAUCUACAGAUGCAUUUGAAAAGACACAAAGUUGUGAUGAAUUCGCAUUAUUGUCCAGUGCCAGGGUGUAAUGGGAGUGGUGCAAGUCAGCUCAAGGGUUUGUACUACCACUUAUGUCAUCACAGUGGAGACAUGCAGAAAUAUCUCAAAAAUAAGCCUGUAGCAAGUGAUCUCCCUUGUGUAGAAUGUGGCAGAAUGUUAAAGUUUGGUGAUGUGUGCUGCAGUGAGAAAAGCAGGGUGACCACAGGCUCAUAUUGGGAUAUCCUCACAAAAUUGCCAUCUGAGCUACUGUCAGAGAUCCCCACAGCAGAGGAACACAGCAAUUUAGUCAAUAAUCACCGUAAGUUGAGGAAAAAGAAAGGUUUGAAUCGCAUGAAGCAAAGCAGUAAAGGAAAAAAGCCAGUGGGUGUUACUCAUAUAGUUAUAGAGGAAGAGCCAGUGGAUGAGGAAUGUAGUGAGACAGAUGGAUUAGAAUGUGAUGAGUCAAUGUCUGAGAGUGAGGAGUCAGUAGCUGAACCAAGACCAGAUCAAACUGAUGAACAUUCACCAUUGAAUGCAGUGCCCAAAUUAGGAAGUAGUUCAAAUUUAAAUACAGAAAAUAGAUUCGAAGUGACUGUGUAUUUGUGCAAGUUCUGCCAGUUCAAAACCCACUACUCACUGACAAUAAAAAGUCACUUGCUAAAGGCACAUGAGCAGCUGUGUAAGAAACUUUUGCCCUUUAUCUGCCCUUAUUGUGGCUUUAAAGCGAACAGUAAUGAAACUAUCAAGCUGCACCAGUUUACUAGUCACCCAGAGAAAGAUGGGCGUUGUAUGCUUGUGAAGGAUAUUAUGCACAAUAUUGAAACUGAGCAGAUUUCAUAUGCUGAAUAUGUUAACACUCAGAGAAAACGAAGUAUUGCACCCAAAAGGAAAUAUAAACUUAAAAGGUGUCAUGUGAAGUUAAAAAGAUUGCCAACCAAUUGGAAAGCAAUGAUUCCUAAACUAAUUGGGAUACCUGCUCAUACACCCCCUGUACCUCCUGUGACAAAUGUUCGCAUGCUGCCACGGACACCUCAAGGUGACUACAUUGUCCCAAAUGAAAGUGUUUUCCGUGUGGAUAUUCAGUGCCCAGAAUGUAGUUUCAGGACAAAAGUUCGAUACAACCUGCUGAGACAUCUUAAAAAGGGACACACCAACAAUGAAGCUGCUGAGUCUGUAAAGGAGGCAACAGAAAGUUCUACAGUCUCUUCUAUCCAAAGGAGUAAAGCCCAAGUUGCCAGAGGUACAGGUGAACCCAUUGAAACUUCCAGUUCAAGUACUACACCCGUUGGAACAAAUACAAAUGCUAUGGCAGCUGUACCUGAUGACAUUGAGUCUCAGCUUAUUGGGUUUGAUAAGAGUCAAAGGUUUGGAACAUUGACCUCUAAAUUCCUUGGAGUAUCUGUUAAUUCUCCAUCAAAUACAGGGAAACUGAAAUCUGAUCCAAAUGCGAAUGAGUCUUCUGAUGACAUCAUUGAACGUUCACCAAUUGAGAAUAUACCAGAAGUUAAUAGAAAUAGCUCUGAUAUGAAUAACAGAGACUAUGAAAAGGUUGUAAUGGAUAUGAGUGACCAUGUGUUCCCCAAACCACAAGAAAGAAUAUUUGACACUCCAGUAGAUGAAUCCCAAGACACUUUGAAAUGCUCUCAGUGUGAAUACAUAGGUGUUCUAGAUUCUUUGAAAAUUCAUUUCUAUUGGAAUCAUACAGCGUACAAGCAAUACAGAUGUGCUUAUUGUGGCCUUAGCUCACAUGAAGAAACCCACAUCAUCACUCAUUGUAAGUUCUAUCAUCCAAGCCUCAAACAGAAAGUACAAUCAGUUGCUGAUAAUGUAAUUAAAGGAAAGAGUAUACUUAACGUAAACAGGCUUCCUGAGAUGAUCAUGUGUAAGAUUAGAACUUUAUCAAGUGCAUCUGAUCGGAAUACUGAGACAAGAGGUACUGGAGAUGUCCCUGAAUCAAAGAUGUCAUACAAGUGCAUGUAUUGUAAGUUCACAUGUCUUAUGCGGAUAGCCAUCAAGAGGCAUUGUAAAACCCACCACCCUGGUGAAUUCCUAAAGGCACUGCUUAUUAAGGCAACUAAGAAACAAAUCACACCAGACAUUGAAACAAGUUCUGGUAGACUUCAAAACCAAGGUAAACCUGAACUACAGGAAGAUGCAGUUGGUAAACUACCAGAAGAAAGUGUCAUUGUAGCAGAAUCCAUUCUUAACGAAUUACUCUGCAUUGUUACAAAUGAUAUGAACAAGAUCAAUGAACCAAUGGAUCAAGCAAGCCUCAAAGUCUCCAAUCAAGAGAAAACAUCUCUGAUGUCACAUGUUAAUAUACCACCAUUAGUUGUUGAUGAUGUGCUCCAUAGUGACAAAGAAUCACAAGGGAUUGAAGGUGGCAUUGUUCAUGAUGUUAAUGAAACAACUAAUAUCAAGAACAAUGACAUACAGUGUCUUCUGAAUAGAAUGUUGGACAAAGUUUGUCAAGGAGAGCAUUUCAAUGAAACCAUAGGGUCACAGGAAAUAAUGUGUGAUCCGUCAAAGGAAAAUGCUCAACCAGACAGUGAAGCAGAGACACAUGUACAAACUCUUCUUGAUAGCUUGAUUGAUGAUGUCUGUAACAAAAAUAAAGGUAGUGAAACGUUAAGUACCCAAGUACCUCCUAGCAUGGACCUGAUGAUCAAUGACAGAACUACUGAUACAAGUCAAAAUGUUGUCAAUGAUAUUCUGUCUGACCUGAUAGAAAGAGCCAGCAGUUCAACCAUAGAUAAGAAUAUAAAAGUACAAAACACUUCAAACAUGAAUAAAGAUACUGAAGCUUUUGACACAAUAACAAGUAAAUGUAUCAUUGAGAACAUCUUAUCUGAUGUAAUUGAUAGAGUUUUGACAGUAACACAGAAAAGUGACCACUGCUCAGAAAAUGACAAGUUGUCAAACAGCAUGUCCAAUGUCAAGGGCAUACACAAAGGGACUGUGAACUUUAAUGGGGAAUAUGAGUAUGAACAGACAGAAAUUAACUUCAGUUCAGAUGAAGAGCAGAUUGAACAGGAUGAUGAUGAGCAUGAAACCUUCCUGAAUUUCAACUCCACCAAAAGAGCCAACUUCACCAAAAGAAACAACUUCACCAUAUUGAAAAGAGAUGUCCAGCCCAAUGAGGAAAAUAAAGGAAAAUCUGCAAUUGAUGUGAAUCAAAAGGAACAGACAAAAGAACCAACAAGAACAUACAUUUGCUCCUAUUGUAAACACUUCAGGUCAAAACAUAGAAUGUUCAAUAUUCAGCAACAUAUAUGGAACAAACACUUACAACUGUUUGAGUAUGGUUGUAAAAAGUGUGGCAAAGGCUUUAGAUCAGGUUUAAAACAGGCUCGCAAACAUUGUCUUACAGAACAUGGGAGUAUGAGUUGGUUAGGAAAACCAGAGCUUCCUAAAUUCAUUGUAGAAAAAGUUGAUGGACAUCUGAACUAUGUAGGAACAAGAGAACAAAUUGAGGAAUUGAAGCAAAAGUAUUUACCAAAGAAAACAUCUCCAAAAAAAAAAUCUUCAAAGAGUGAGGAAAUUCAGAAAGAAAAAACUGACAGUGAGCGAAGGGAUGUAAGCUAUCAGGGAAAAAUGAAGGGUUUUGUCUUUUGUGGAAUAUGCAAUUCUCAUCACAAUGAGCUAGAUCAGGCUAGGCAGCAUGUGUAUGACAAGCAUUUAAAUAUACAACUUUAUAAAUGUACGAUGUGUGUGGCAAAGUUUGGCAAAUUAGAAAAGGCAAAGUAUCACUGCAAGAUUUUCCACAAAAGACAAGAUUACCAACACUGUCUCAAAACUGCCAAAUUGCCUGAUAUUGACCACACCAUAAAAACAAAUGAUGGAGUGCUGUUCAUUGGGAACAGUUCUCUCUUAACUGAACUACGAACUGCAAGAUACAGGUGUGGAAUCUGCUGUUAUGAAUCUGUUUCCAACCCAGAAAUAAGAGAACACAUUAUGUGUCUGCACAUGGAUGAGUUGCCAUUCACAUGUAAAUUGUGCAAUAAGAGAUUUUCAAAAAAAAUAAGUACAUAUGUCCAUCUUAUGAAUGUACAUAACAGUACUUCAGACUCGAACAUUCUCCGCGACAAGUCAGUGAAAUUGAAUGAGGUGAAACUUGAUGAUAAUGUAACUGUUGUGACAGUAACUAAGCAUGUUGGUGAAUUACCAGAAAAGGCCCAUCAAAAAUCUCCCAGUCUUGGAACUGCUAAACCAAUUGACCAGGGAAACAGAAAAACACAAACUACAGGGAAUGUUGCAAUGUCUGCCAAUGAAACCAAGUAUGCAUGUUCUGUAUGUGACUUUAAAUCACAACAACUGAUCACUGUUAGGGAGCACAUCCAGUAUACACAUAGAAAGAUAUAUCCAUUCUCCUGCUUAAGGUGCAGUAAAGGAUUUAUUUUUAAAUCAGGUGCAUUGUUACACAUAAAAGUGGAUCACCAAAUUGUGGAUGAAAAAGAUGCAAAUAUAUGCCUGAAGGAGAAUAAUCUUCCAUCUUACAGCACUCACAAGAUAAACAAUGAUGGCAUUAUAUUUGUUGAAGAUGGUAAAAAUACUCGUACAUUGAAUCAAGUUGGAAAACCAUCUGAAACAUCGGCAGGAUGGAAUCCAUCUAUAGAAAUAUCUAAUGAUGUUGAAAUACCUCACAGAUCCAAAGCAGGAAAAUAUGUGUGUGCUGUAUGUGGUAGUACUCUGUCCUCUGAAGCAGAGGCAGUCAAACACAUAGGUGUAAUGCACUUGAAUUUAUUUGAGUACAGAUGUACAUAUUGUAACCUGGAGAGCAGUGAAAGGGCAACUCUUGAGUCGCACCAUUGUUUUGUCAAUAAGGGUGAUGCUUCAAUAGAGUUCACUCCUCUCUCUGUGCCCAAAGGAGCCAUAAAAGAGGUUGCCCAUGGCUCUGAGGUCACCAUUGGGAACCUCAACUGGAUAAAGAUAAAUUCACUCCAAAAGUUUGACUGUCCAAACUGUAUGGUAAGGGGUAGUAAAUCUAGUAUCUCAAUUCAUUUGAAACACCAGCACAAAAAUGAUGGUGCUUUACCAAAGGAGCGAUAUGUGAACAUGCAACUUAGAAAAAGUGGCAUAAAAUAUCUCUGCUGUAUCUGCAGAAUUGCAAAAUCCAAUAAGGCUAAAUUACGUGACCAUAUCCUCAAUGAUCACUUUAGAUUAAAGACAUAUGAAUGUACAUUGUGUUGGCAUCAGGAGAUUUCAAAAACAGCAUUUAGGGGUCAUAAAUGCACACCAACAAAGGUUUCUGUCGACCAAUUUAUUGUAAGACCACAUGAUAUAACAGAAAUAUGUCUGCCAGAAUUAUUCACUGAAUUUGGAAUAAUUGUUGGAGAUGUUCAAAGUCUUCAAUCAAAAUUGAAUGAGCAAAGUCCCUGUCCAUAUUGCCCUUUUCAAGGCUCAAUUUGGGUGACUUUGGAACAUAUCAGAAAUAUGCAUAUGGAUGAAUUAUCAAUUCUUUGGAGAAAAGGACUUGUGUUUAGCAGCUCAGAUAUUUUACAAUUGAAAAGAACUGAGAGUCAAGGAAAGCCAAGUGGCUUUGAAUUGAAAAAAAUUGGUGAACAGAAACAGACUACUGAUGAUACAGACAGUGAUGCAACAUUAGGAAAUCGAAGCGAUAACAGUUCUGACAAUGAAGACAAAGGAGCAUUUUGGCCACAUAUACCCAAGGAUCCAAAAUAUGAGAAUUAUCCCUUUAAGUGUGCAUAUUGUGAAUUUUAUAAUUACACUAAGCGUAAUAUCAAUUAUCACUGUAGAAUGAGGCAUAAAGGACAACCAGAAAAGUGGAUAGCCCUGUCACAAUCAACUAUAGUUUCAUCAAAAAGGGAAUGUCCUGGUAGAUCUAAAAAGAGGGCUACAAAUGCUGCAGAUAUAAAAUGUGGCUACUGUUCAUAUGUCACCGUAUCUGAGGCAGAUUUCAAUGUCCAUAUCAGGUCACAUGAUCUACCCCCAGAUGUGUAUGUUGAACACAAUGACAACCAAAACUCUGACCAAGACGAAGGCAUUUAUGUUCUGAAUGAUUCUGAAUCAGACGUUGAUAUUAUUUCUGAGGAUCAAAUUCCAAACGAUGGUCUUGCUGCAAAGAUAGCAAUGGUGAAUGAUGAUAAGGAUACAGUAAUCACUGAAAAAACGAAUGAGGAAAAAAGAGAAGAACUAACUUAUAUAUGUUGUGUUUGUUCUGAUCAAUUUACUUCUAAAAUGCUAGUAGUGAAGCACAUACGCAAAAUUCAUCUUAAUGAGUUGGCAUUUGGUUGUGAAUCAUGUGGACUGCAAUCUCAAACAGUUGAACCACUAGAGUCCCAUCAAUGCUGUGUGGACAGUAGUAACCAGUGUAUAAAGUCCCUAUCACAUGUCAUUCCAGCAUCGGGUGAGAAAGAAGUGAGAAGGGGAAGUUAUAUCAUCUUUGGAGAUUAUAAAUGGAUUAUGGAUAACAGGAGUUUGAAACAUGAAUGUGCCCAUUGUACGUUGAAAGGUGAUAUGCUUUCAUUGGUGUCACAUAUGUCACACCAGCACCAUGAUAACACAUCCUUACCCAAACCACCCCAGGCAAAUAAUGAUACAACUGCUACAUCAGCCCAAUCGACAAUGGAUGUUGGUCAACCCCAAAACAUUGUGUCUGACUCAGAGCAUCAAAUAAGGCCAUUGAGACGUGAGAAUGAUGAAAGAGGGAUUCAUGAAGUUGAUGACACAUUAAAGAAUGUUGAGUCUAUGGUACAACAGACAGGACAGAAUGUCCAUGAAGUGACUUCAACAUCCUCUGAUUUACUCGAUGAAUCCAUGAACAUAAGCUCAUUUGAAGGACAGAAAGACACUUUUGAUGAUGGAGUCUCUAAUAAAAGAUGUGAAGAAAAUAUACCAGAUAUGCAGCAAAAGACAGGAACACCAAACAGUCAAAAUAUAUUUGAUAUAGUCAGCCACAGCAAGAGGGACAAUGCUGAUAAUAAUGAACUACUAGAAGCAGACACUGUUGCAGAUGAUAAAGGACAAACAAGCAAGGUUGUAUCAAAGCAUAGAUGCUCAAUGUGCAACUUUAGCAGCGAACUAUCCAUCAAUGUCUACAAUCAUAUCAUGGGUGCACAUCUGAAGGAGAACAUAUAUGAAUGUGUGAAAUGUGUUAUGGGAUUUGAUUCUACAAAAGAGGCAAGAAUACAUUGUAAGAAGCUCCAUGGCUGGCAUUAUGCCUACAAGCUAAAAACUGUCCCUGUUGCAAUCAGGGAGAAAUAUAUUGAAGGAGAGCAGAUAUUUUAUGGUAACAAACAAUGGAUAGAAAAUUAUAUUAGUGAACAUAAAGCUGAUGUAGAAACCAGUGUUAUGAAGACCACAGAGAGUAACAUCAUCCUUGAAGAAAAUGGAAGUAGAAAUAUUGAACCUGCUCCAGCUAUAGAUGAUCAGGCCAGUGCGGAUAUCUACACUUGUGUUGUUUGUGAAGCAUAUGACGCAAAUAACAAAGCAGAUGUUCAUACACAUAUUCAAGUGCAACAUCUGAAACAGAAGCUAUUUAAGUGCAUUGAAUGUAAUAUCAAACUUAGUUCUAUUGAGAAACUUGAACAUUUGGAUAAAGUACAUGGUGGCAUGGAUCCUCGAACAUUUAUUCAAAGAGUCCAUCUGUCUCAUCAAGCACAGAAAAUUACAAUUAGAGAUGGGAAAAAAUAUAUUGGACACAAAAACUGGAUUCGCUUGAAGAUGAACAAAAUGAAAAAUGAAAAGAUAACAAAGAAGGGCAAAUCCAGCAAUGAUAGAUCUUACUUAAAAGCCAAAGUGAAACCCAAAGAGGCUGUCCAAAGAGAUGAACCAAAGGCUGUAGUUCCCAGGAAGAACUUUGUUUGUGUUGUGUGUACUGAAUAUAAGACGUCUUCCAAAGCCAAUGUUUAUAGCCAUAUGAAAGUAAAACAUCUCAAAAUGAAAUUAUACAAAUGCACAGAAUGUGGUGCUGGUUAUAAUAGUUCAGCAAGUAAGAUCAGUCACAUGAAUACAGCUCAUGGUGGGGUUGCUGUAAUUGAGAGGACACAACUCCCAAGACAUGCUCACAAAUUAGAGGAAAAGGAUGGUGAAGUACUUGUUGGAAAUUUGAAUUGGUUUACCUAUCAGAUGAAUAAAUUGAAACAUGCUGAAGCACUUUCUGAAUCUGACAAAGAGCUCAAUAAAACGCAGAGCUCACACAUCAAGAAGGUAGUCGACUCUGCUGGAUAUAACAAGGACCUAAAGAAAGGUUCUGGUAAACCCAAGAAAACAAAAAGGAAACACACACAUUCUGAAACUGACAGUAGUACAAAGAAAAGAAAAAGAAAUGAACAAACACAGUUCAAAUGUCCCCGCUGCAGUUGCCCAAUACCAACAAUGGCCUUAUUAGUAUCACACAUGAGGACUCAUUUUGGGUAUAAACCUUUCAUUUGUGCAUACUGUUCAUUCGCCUGUACAACAAAGUUUGACAUGAAAUUUCACAUAAAGGGAGAGCACUGUGAUAAACCAUUAGAAUUCAGAGUUGUAAAGGACAAUUUAGUUGAUAGGAAGAUUAACAAAGAAAUUUUAAGUGUCAGAGACAACAAUGCAACACAUUCCCCAAGUAUUCAGUCAGAUGAUGCUGAUAUUAAACUGACGGAUGGAGAUGACCAGAUGGCUGAGAGAAUGGUCUCUAAAGACACAGCAAAGAACACUAAGAGAACUGUACCUGGUAAGAAGGGAACAGGGAAAAGAAGAGACUCUAUUGAGAGCAACACAAGUGAAAAAUCUAGCAGUUCAACCAUCAAGUCUAUUGAUCUUGUAAAGAAGGCGAGAAAAAGGACACUCUCUAUUGAAAGCAACGCAAGCUCAGCUUCUAAGAGAUCUAAUACCAGUCAGACUAAGGAUGAAGUUGCUGAAGUGGAAAUUAAAGCAAAGGGACCAAUCUAUGAAGACUAUCCUUUCAAAUGUCCUUAUUGUGACUUCAAGCAAUAUGAAGAAUUUCGGAUAAGGAAACACUGUGUGAAAAGUCACCCUGAUGAAGCUGUUAAGGUCAUCAGCACUGACAUGAACGCAGAUGCACAACCAUCUUCACAGGUAUCAGUUCCUGCUAUCAAAUGUGGCUUUUGCAGAUUUGUUACCCAAGAUGAAGACAGCUUCCAGACCCAUUUGAAAACUCAUAACCUUGCAGCACAACUAAAUGAGAUUGAAGAGAAGCCUAUUAAAGUAGAUAUCAAAUGUGGCUUUUGCAGAUAUGUCACAAAAUCAGAGUCAGACUUCCAAUCCCAUUUAGUAUGUCACAAUUUACCCGCAUUCAUUGAAAAGGAUUUGAAGGAGUCCAAAGACACACAACAGAAGACAUCUGACAAUAUUCACAAGUGUCAAUUGUGCCUAUUUACCACAACAUCCAAAGCUGUUUUCGAGAACCAUCAAAAAAUACAUGCUCUUCCAAAGGUUUCUAUACAGCAAAUUGAUAAUGCCCAUUCAAGGAAGCCUGAGCAGAAAACAGGUUUGUUUAAGUGUUCAUAUUGUCUCUUUAAGUCCCACUAUGCCAAAUCUGUCAAAAAACAUUGCACAGUCAAACAUCCUAACAAAUCACAUAGAGUUGUAAAUAUCACAAAUAGUGAAGAAACUAAAACUGCAUUGUUCAGAUGUCCAUAUUGCCCACUAGAGACCCAGUAUGUCGCUACUAUCAAAAGACACUGCAGACUGAAACAUACAAAAAAGCCUGUUAGAGUUAUUGAUGCAAAAACUGGUAAAUUUAGAGAGGACCUCAUUACAAGGAAGUACAAAUGCAAGUACUGUUCAAAAUCUUUUGAAAGUAAAGUUGCAGUGCAAAGGCAUUGUAGAGAAGAUCAUCCUAAAAUGAAGGCUUUGGUCAUUGAUUUAGGUAUUGAUAAACCUGUCAAAAGAUUUGUUGAGAAAAACAAAGAUAAUGUUGAAGAUAAAGCGUUUUCCUGUAAACAUUGUGAGUAUGAGAGUUUUACAUGGAAGGAAUUUGAAGAACAUCUCAUGCAACAUGAGAAACCGACAUUUAAAUGUCCAUACUGUGACCUUUUUUACAUACAUCGUUCUAAUAUAUUUCGUCACUGCAGUCGACAACACAUAUCAAAAGAAAAAUGUGCCAUAAGAAUCAAGAAAGGGCAGAUCUCAACAAUAAGACCAGAACCCAACUAUAAAACCCCACUUCAUGAACUGAAAUGUCUACAUUGCAAAUUUAGGACAUUUGUCUGGAGCAAGUAUGAAAAGCAUGUAAUGUGGCAUGAACAACCAACUUUCAAGUGUUCAUAUUGUUACUUUACAAGUAAACAGUUACAGAAUAUAUUGCGACAUUGUGAUAGAAUCCACUCUGCCAAUGAACGAGGAGCCAAGAAGCUACAUAGAGGAGUCACCAGUGAGUACAAAGGCAAGGAAGGCAUACUUUCUCAACCAGAAUGUGAAUCUGAGACUCCAGAGCAGUCUGAACAGAUGGAAAAGUAUUACAAAUGCCCCCAUUGUAAUGUGAAAAGUAAGUCUCGUGAAUCAAUUGUAUAUCACUGCCGUAAACAACACCCAAGGAAAGAGCAAAUUGCUCCAUUAGAAGUGUGUGAUGCAAAGCAACAACAAAUUGAUUUUGAAAUGACGCCAAGUGAGAUUUCACAACAGGUGAAGAAGGGUGGAUGUGAUGAAGAAAGUGAUAAACCAAUCAAAGAUGUAACUGAAAUGAAGGACCAAGUGAAACAUCAAGGUAAAGGAAAUAGCACCCAGACUGGAGACACAAAUGAAAAAGAACUUCAAAGCACCACAGUUCAGAAAGCAUCUCGACCUAAACCCAAGAGUAAACAAAAACAAAGUGUUAGUAAAUCUACUGACUUGUCAGAUGAUAGAGGUCUACAACAAAAUCCUAUCCAAAAAGAAGGAAGUAUACAAGCAAAAAAUUACUCAAUGAAUCCAAAAGUAGUGCUCUACAGACCCAAACCAAAAGAAAAACAAAAUAUAUUAAAAGUUAAUGAAUCAAACACGGGAACUAUUUCUAUGAAUAAAGCAUCACCUGGUAAGAAAGAGAAAAGCAGUCCUAUUAAAUUAAGCAAUGUAAAUCAACCUUUUGUAAAGCUACUUGAUGUCAAUAAAGACUACACAUACCAUGGAAAGCGUUCAAUCAGACCAAACAAGCCUAGUUCUGCCCCUUAUGUGACUUUAGAAGAUGACUAUGAGAUGCAAGAUGCUAUUGAGGAUGGAGAAACAUCACUACCUGAGCCUACUGAUAAUGUGACACCAGCACUUGUGUCCAAUAAUGACAUGAGACUAAUGCCUGAAAAUACAGAUGCUCAACUUCCAAAUGGCAGUUCUUGUAGUAAACUGUUUAAUCCAAAUGUGGAACAGACCAGCAGUGGCAGUGGUCCUAAGAUAGAACAAAGAAGGGAGAAAAGUAUAUUUGAUUUACUUAGUGUUGGAAAUAUAUUCUCAGAUAGUGACAACAGUGAACCAAUUGAAUGUGUCAAAGAAAAACAGAAAACAAAUACUCUAAAUGUAAAAAAUGUUCCAGGAAGUGAUUCCAUAAAGCUUGGAAAGACUAAAUCCACAACUGCAACCAAACUAAUUCCAUUUAAGUUUAAUCUCAGCAAGUUGCAGAACAAAUUCAAGAAAAAGAAUCCCGAUGAGACCAAAUGUACAUCGCUUGAAGGAACUGCUAAACAUGAGCCCCUUGUUGAGGUUACAUCAAGCACAAGUGCUGGUGAGGUGACACAGAAGGAAAAAGAAACCACAUUAAAUGUUGGUAAUUCUGAAGUAGUGAGUAAGAUUGCUGAUGGAGUACAAGAGUCAACUAAAGGUCCCAAAAUUAACAAAUAUUCCCUCGAAGAGUCCAAUUCUUAUAGUGAUACCAACUCCGCUGCCACUCAGGUGUCACUGACAAGCAAACCAAUUGAGGAACCAUCUAAAGCCAUCAGAGGUGAGAAUAUUAAAAGCAGUGUAGAUAAACAUAAUGAUCCACAAGAUCCAGUGAAAAUAGAUAACACAACAACAUCUGACACACAACUGUUGGAAAGAGUAAACACAAACAAUCCAAGAAAAUCUCCUGAUUUGAAAAUUGAUGAUCAAGCAGAGAUGAUCAAGCAGGGACAUUCACCUAAGACUGAUGUAUCAGACAUUAUCAUUAUGGAAUCUAACAUAGAUAUUGAAAAACCUAAACAAAAAUCAAAAGCUAUUUUUAAUCUUGGAAAUAUUAAAAAUAGAUUCAAGAACUUUAAGACAACCACUGAACCUAAACCUAAAGGUACAAAGGACACAACCAGUCAGGGAAAUACUAUUAAAAAUGUUCAAAACAUUAAAGUAGAGAAACCUGAUGAUGAAAAUGAAAAGGAUCCAUCAAGGACCAUCUGGCAACUAUUCAAUACAUCAAAAAUAAAGAAGGAGCCUGGUGUUGAACAAACUGUUGAAACUCAAAAUGUAAAUAGCAAAAGCUCUGUAUAUGAACCUGUUGAUGUUGAAGAAACUCAACAUGCAACAGAGAGCUCAUGUAAUGUAGAUAUUGAUAGAGGUGGUAACACAACUGCCAUUUCUGCACCCAGUGUAUCUGAAGUGUCUGAUGCUGAACAUAUGGCUAUAGGUGCAGAUGAGAUUGAAGUGAUGGACACUAGCAUUGGAAGUGACCCGGACACUUGGCUAGUUCUAGAUGAGAUAUAAGACAAGAUUAUCAUCGGAUAUUAAAGAUGGCCUUUGACUGUCAUUUUUCCAGACAAAAAUAUAAACCAUAAUCACCAUUAUAAUAAUUCACAAAAAAUAAGACUUAAAUUGUCAUCAA